GGAAUUCUUGUGAGAUUUGUGUGAAGUGAACUAAUCAACAACCGCGAUGGCGCCCUCGUCGUCCUCCUCGUCGUCGGGCGCGUCGACGUCCGUGCAAGUCGCUCUACGCAUACGGCCAACGACUACACAGGACACUGUAUCCAUUCCCGCUCGUUUUCAACGGACUGUCAUUCAUGGAACUUCUUCUACUAGUGUGACUGUAGAUGCUUCUGCCGCCGCUCCUACUGCAUCUGGUUCUGCUACUGCCGUCGCAACUCCAUCCACUGCCGCCGGGAAAAAGCAAGUGUUCACCUUCGAUCAAGUCCAUCCUCCCACCGUUACCCAGCAUUCACUCUUCACAAGCACUGCCCAGCCCCUCAUCUCGCGUUUCAUGGAAGGAUUUAAUUGCACAAUUCUCGCCUAUGGACAAACAAGCAGCGGAAAGACAUUCACCAUGACUGGUGUGGACCUCGAUGCCGACCCCUCAGAUCCUAAUAAUGGCAUGGGCAUCAUACCGAGAGCUGUGUCUACUAUAUUCUCGCAGGCGAGAAAACUUAAAGAGCAACGUGGCGGGACCUGGAAUUACAGCAUAAAAGGGUCAUUUAUAGAAGUGUAUAACGAGGAUUUGAUCGACUUGCUCAGUUCUGACGAGGCAACUGGGCUGCGACGUGAGGUACAGAUUAGGGAAGGGAAAGAUGGGUCCAUAAUUUGGGGCGGCCUACGUGAAGUGACGGUGCAAAGUAGCACUGAAGUCAUGCACCUGAUCCGACAGGGAACCGCGAUAAGAAGAACGAACGAAACGGAUAUGAACGCCCAAUCGUCUCGUUCGCAUGCGAUCUUUUCUCUGACACUGACCCAAAAGAAAUACACUGGCUCAGGCGUACCACCUCGUUCAUCUUCACCAUUACCACCUGGUGGUCGUUCUCCGUCACGUCUUGCUCGUCCUGGAUCAUUAUACACAGGUGGUAGCUCUCCUAAUGCAAGAGUAUCGUCGCCUACUAUGGGUAGGCCAUCGACUCCGAGUUUUCAGGCAGCUAUGGGACGAGGCGGAGGACUGCGUCCUGCAAGCUCUCUUGGUCUUCGUCCCCCUGAUAACCGGCAAGAUGAUGAUGAAGGCGGCGAGUGGACCACUAUAGUGUCCAAAUUUCACUUCGUCGACUUGGCCGGUUCGGAGCGUUUAAAACGCACCGCCGCUGCGGGGGAGCGAAUCAAAGAGGGAAUCUCCAUCAACAGCGGUCUUCUCGCUCUCGGUAACGUCAUAUCGGCGCUAGGUGACCCUUCACGUGCGAAGUCGCAUACUAACUCUCACGUCCCCUAUCGCGACUCCAAGCUCACCCGCCUCCUUCAAGACUCGCUUGGGGGAAAUGCACACACUCUCAUGAUCGCUUGUAACCGUGCAGUUCUCAAUGAACGGGAAGAUGGUUGGGAUGAUAUUGAAUGGCUACAAGGAACGGUCACGCGUCUUCGCAAGGAUCUCAAACAACUCAAAGAAGGUGGCACCAUCAUUUCUACCUCUCCAGCCGUUGGCGAGGUGACGGAAGGAAACUCCAAAAAGAUCCUUGCACAAAUGACAGAGCUUCAAAAUAAUUACGAGAGUCUGCGCGAGAAAUACGUGGAGCGGACGGAAGACCUGACUCGCUUACGUCGUGAGGUUGGCGAGCGUCACCGCACCUCAUCUGGCGGCACUGUUGGCGGCACGGCUAAAUACGAAGAGAUUGUUGGACCGGUCAUCGAGGAAUACGAGAAGACCAUCAGCGCCAUGGAGGCCGAGCUAGGUCUCAAUCGCGCUGCGCUCAGACUCACCAAUGACAUGAUGGAGGAAAAAGAAGAGGAGCUUGCUCAGAUCACCGAGAGACAUUCUGUGACUGAAUUAUAUGUUGAGGAGCUCCGUACGCGGCUGGCGAAGCUUACGGAACGGGAAGCAUCAACUGAGGCUUACGUCCGUGACCUAGAGGAGAAGAUGAAGUGUUGUGACGAAACAUCUAUGUCAUCGAGCGAGUCACUGACUGACCUGAAGCGCGAGGUCUCCCGUUAUAAAGAGGCUGAAUCGCACUCAGCCUCGUAUAUAGCUGACCUCGAAGCUCGCCUUGCCCGCUCCGAUGAAUCGGUGCUAACCUUGCAGCAGACGAUCGAGCGACUCGAGAGUGACUGUGAACGUCGAAGAGAGGAGGUAGAGGCUCUGACGACACGCUUGGAGAAUCUUAGCCAGGACGGUGCUAGUUGGCGGACAGAUCUCGAAGAAAGGGAGAGGAAGGUUAAAGAAUUAGAGCAGAAGAUGGAAGCCUGGGAGCGAAAGAGGAAGGAAGCUAACGAAGAUCGCAUCCGGCUUGGUGACGUGGUUGGUGAGGUUGAGCUGGCGAAACGUAGUCUCGAGUCCUUGAACGGGGGGAGCACCAAGGUCAACUUCCCUAGUACUUCCGGUGCCAGCACGCCUGCUGCUGUGGAUCUUUCCGUCGAGAAUCAGUUGGUCGCCCUGCGGCAAACUCACGCUGCGACACUCACAGAUCUUUCGUCUGUUUCCAAGAAGUACCAGGACGCCCUUCAGGAGAUUGCUGAUCUUGCUGCUCAAAUUCAGGAAGCUAAACUCAGCAAUCCGACGAUCCCGGAGACUUCGGCCGUUGAUAAAGUGGACACCCCGCCAUUCCGUCGUCGAAUGACGUCCACCAAGAGUCGAGACGGUCUUGCUGACCCUGUAUAUGAUGCAGCUGGUCGACGUCUGUUUUUCAGGCAAGCAGCCUCAGUAGACUCUCUUCAUGGAAGGGCAUUACUUCAGUCGUUGCCGCAAUCGCUUUCGCUUUCACAGGAGCUCUCAUCAGUGAGGUCUCGAGAGACUUCGAUAUCGAGCCACGGAAGCAGUGGUUCCGUCUCGCAUUCUCCAUCUCAUCGUCCGAACCUCUCCAUCUCUCCUUCCAGUGUUACUGGCGCCAGCACUCCCAGUGAUCAGCGCUCUGCAGUGAGCAUGGAGAAGGAGAUUAUGCGCUUGCAAGAGGUUCUUAGGGAGCGUGAAGCUGAAAUUAGCACCCUUGAGUCUUCGCUGAAGGGAAAGGAACAGGUAGUGCCAACUCCAGUUGAACCGCAUACUCCCCAAUCUACAGAGGCCGACGAUUUGACACACCUUUCGCCCAAGACGAUUCAGAAGUUCGACGCUGUUCGAAAGAGCAUGAGGCUACAUCAUGAUCUCAUUCCUGAUGUCGAUGACGAUGCACCUGAUAACGAUGUCGAUGAAUCGCUUGACAGGUUAAAUGAACUUAUGCUGUCUAUGGCUCAGAAGGAGUCUCAGCACAAAGAACUCGUUGAUUCCCUUCAUGGCCAACUUGCUCUGGUGCAACGUGCGCAUGAUGAGUUGACCACUCUUUCUAGGGAUCAGGCGCUGAACAUGUCGACCGAACUUGAAGGUCUUCGUGCCACACACCACGAAGAUCUUUUGGAGUUGGAGGCAGUCAAGCAGCGUGAGGCGGAGCUUCUCGCAUCCAUCAAGAUAGCCCAGGAGAGUCACGCUGCCGAGCUUGCGGAGUUAAGGUCCGAGCACGAGGAUGCUCUUCGUGCGAAAGGAAUCGAGAUCGAGGAAUUGAUCUCUCGCCUAAAGGAUGAGCAUGAAACAUCUCUUGGUACUUUACGUGAUCAGCUGUCAGAGGCAUCCGCAGCUCUGGAGAAGGCUCUCGAAGAGCAUGAGAGUGCGUUUGGCAAGCUCCAGACUGAGCACGAAGAGGUCCUCCAGCGACAUUCUCAAGAGGCUAAGGAGAUUCUCGAGCGUACCAUCGAAGAGCAUCAGCAUGCUAUGGCCAAAUCCAAGGCCGACCAUGCAGAAGUCUUGAAGUCCAAAGACGAGCAGGUAGCCAUCGACCUCCACCGCACCGAAGAGGAGUACUACAAUGCGCUCACUAAACUUCGCAAGGACCACGCAGAUGCUUUACAAAGGCAAGCUACCGAAGCCGCUGCAAUGCUUGAGCGUUUGCGUGAGGAUCACGCUAGCGAGCUUCGCAUGACUGAGAAAGCUCGCGAAUGCUCCUUGUCAGAGUCGGAAUCAUCUCGUGAUUCGGCGCUCCGUGACCUUCAGGACGAGCAUGCUGCCGCCGUUGCAAGAAAGGAGGCUGCGUAUGCGGAGGAUGUGGAGAAACUCAAAACUGAACAUGCGCGUCUCCUUUCGAAUAAAGAGGAGGACUACAGAGCAAGGCGUGAGCAUUUGAAAUCCGAGCAUGCCACCGCCAUGGCUGUCCUCAGGGAGGAGUCGGAAGCUCAAGUAGAGCAGCUCACGAAGGCCCUGGCACGUCUGGAAGAAGAAACAGCUGCUACAAUUGUGAAGUUGCGCGAGGAGCAUGCAUCCACUACUCGGACUCUGACAGAACAGCAUGCAGUGUCACUGCUACAGAUCACUCAUGACCACGGAGAAGAGAUUGCUCGGCUCAAGUUGUCGCAUACCUCUGAACUCAACGACGCUGUUGCAAAGGCUCAGCAAGAACACGCAUCCCUCCUCACCUCCCACGCAACGGCAAUCGCAAAUCUCAAAUCUGAACACCAGAUGUCACUCGCCGAAGUUCAAGCGUCUCUUGUUGCUACUCAAGAAAAGCACGCUUCCGACCUCCAAGAGUCUCGAACAGCGAGUGAGCGUAUGCUUGCUGAGGAACGGAAACGCCUUGAUGCUACCGUUGCCGACCUUGAGCAGGAACACUCUGAUGAGCGUGAUGCUUUCCGUAAGGAGCAAGACCGUCUCCGUCAAGAAUUAGAGUCCCACAAAGUGGCAAUCUUGGACGUUCAUGAACAAAGUGAACGAGGGGUGCUUGCAGAGAGGGAGCGUUCACAGUCAGCAGUAACUGAACUCCAGGAGAAGCACUCUGCUGAACGCACCACGAUGCGCGAAAACUACGAAACGCUUGUUCAGGAACUCGAGGCUCACAAAGCUGCCGCAAGCGACUUUGUGGCAGUGCGUGCACAGUACGAACUGGCCGUGUCCGAACAGACGACCGCAGUGUCAUCCUUGGAGAACCGUUUGGCUGGUGCACAAUCAGAGAAAGUAGACCUUCAGGCGCAGGUCACCGAAUUGAUGGCUGAACUGGAGAAGACGCGGUCAGAACGGGCCACGUUUAUCCAGGAAGCAUCCAAGCGCGAGUCAUUGGUUGACGAGCUUGACAGACAUCGCUCCGUUAUCGCUGAGAUGCAAGAAAACCUUCAGCGGGUGAAGGACGAGAAAGAUAACUUGCAAGUGGAGAAGAAUAAGCAGGAGACUGCUUUGCGCGACAUGCAAGUGCAGAUUGCACGCACACCGAUAGCCCAGGAGACCUCGACACCACGAGCAACACCUGAUCGCAAUAUCUCUUUUACUCGCAUCAACGGUAUAGCCUCCAAGCUUCCUCCCCCCACACCCCCGCCAUCCAUGCCACCACCACCAGCGCCGAAAACUCAGGAAUCCCAGUUCAGUUUAUCUACUCAAUCUUCUACUAUGUCUUCGAAAGACUCUUCCGACUCUUCUUCUACGUCAGUUACCUCCGUACUUGCACCAAACGGCCCUCAAGUGGACUCCAAGGCCAUCGCUGCCAAGCUCGAGGACCAAGCGAAGUAUAUCGAUGAACAGGAGGUGAUGAUCAAAACACUCAACAAACAGCUAUCUCACUGUGAGAGUGAUUUAGCUACUCACAUGGAUCUCGUGAGUACGCUAGAGACAUCCUUGAGUGACUCUGAGAAAAAUCUCCGAAAAGCGCGCAUGCAAGCAACGGAGCUUGCGAGGGAACGAGACUCGCUCAAUUCCCAAAUUGAGGGUCUUCGCAACGAGUUACAGGAAGCGCGCCGUGAGGUUGUUACCGUUCGGAAAUCGAUUGUGGAAGAGAAACAGUCCCUCGAAUCGCGUCUUGACGAGGAACGACGUGCGAAGGAACGUGCUCGUGCGCAGCUCGACUCUCGGAUGGAGGAGCUACAGAAACGGAAAUCGAAGUUUGCCUGUCUAUAGCGUGCCUGUCAAGUCUGCAUCUAUAACUUUUUGGCCUGUGAGUUGUUGCGGCCCAUGUCGGACCUCUAUGCCUAUCCUCUUUGCACCUUGCUUAUUAUACCAGUUUUCGCGAGCUGCGAGAUCAGUUAGCGUUUGUCUCUUGUGUUCUGAUACCCCUUGGCUGUGGAGCUAGUUUAUCGCGUCUACUAUGGGUAUCCCUGGUAUGUUUGUCCGUACUGGCUACUUCCUCAUAUAAUACAGUACAGUUCGGAUCUUUGCUCGUGUUUCGGUUAUGAUCCGCUUGAAAGGUGUCGUUACCGUGGCGUUUACGUCGGUCGCUGUUCGCGAGUGAUAUAUACAACGUGCCCUCACAUCCAGCAUGGGAAGUAAAAGAAAAUACUCCACGCUGUCUAUACGAUACCAG